CACCCUAAUUUGUAAUCAUACGACCUUGGGAGUUGAGGAGGAUUAGAGCAAUGACUUCUUUCUCAGAGAUGGUGUCUCUGGCGGCUGUGCUGCUUUCAUCCUUCCCUGCAAAUGGACAGGAUCCAGAUUUUGCUUAUUUGUCAACCCAACUAACCCAAGUCCAAAUGGAGAUUGUAAAUAAACACAACGAACUAAGGACAGGAGUCUCUCCAGAAGCCAGCGACAUGCUGAAGAUGGAAUGGGACAAUGAAGCAGCAGCAAAUGCCCAAAACUGGGCAGACAAGUGCAUUUAUAAACACAGUGACCCACAGAAACGAAGAACCAAUGUGAGCUGUGGUGAGAAUCUCUUUAUGUCAAGUGCCCCUACUUCAUGGUCAAGUGGAAUCCAAAACUGGUAUGAUGAGGAGCGUGAUUUUGUCUAUGGUGUAGGACCAAAGAGUCCCAAUGCAGUUGUUGGACAUUAUACUCAGGUUGUUUGGUCCACAUCUUUCCGUGUUGGAUGUGGAAUUGGAUACUGUCCUGAUCAAAGCACAUUCAAAUACUACUAUGUUUGUCACUAUUGUCCUGCCGGUAAUUAUAUAAAUAGACUGUAUACCCCUUACAAAAAAGGACCACGCUGUUCCAGUUGCCCUGAUUACUGUGACAAUGGACUAUGCACCAAUGGUUGUGGUUAUGAAGAUGUCUAUAGUAACUGUGAAACUCUGAAGAAGAUGUUCACCUGUGCAAAUGAAUGGGUCAGAAACAGUUGCAAGGCCUCCUGCAACUGUGAGGGCAAAAUUCAUUAAAUACCUGAUAUAUACCGGGCAAGGCUAAGUGGAAAAGGGCUACCUCGUCUACUUAGAUUUGACGUGUACUAGCAGGGAAACUGUAGGCAAGUUAGUUACAAAUCUGAUUCUAAACAAUAAUGGAUCUUUUUCUCUUGUAUUUGCUAUUUUACUUUACAGAAAUCUCCCACAUACAAAGCAUUUUAAAAAAGUUACAUUAAGUUACAGUGACAUCUUUGGAUUUUGAUAUAAAUUUAAUGCUUUAAAUUUAAUGAUUUGGAUCAAGUUCAUUAUUCUGCAAGUUGUUUUUCUUUAUGACUGUGGUCACUAAACUCUGAAUUAGAACUGAGAAUCAUGUUCCUGAAGCAAAAUUUAUAAAAAUAACAGACCGUAAUAGCAUUAUCACAUGAAUCCUGGAUUACAGUCCUCUUUCCAAUUUAUACUUUAUAGCUAAACCUCUUCAAAGCAGCAUUCACAUAUGCUGUCUUUAAUUCCUUUUGUCUCAUUUAUCUUUCUUCCCAUUCAUCUGGCUCCCACCUUUGCAACUGAAUUGACUCUGUUCUUCCUAACAUAACAUUGACCUUCAUUUUGCCAAAAGCAGUGUAGACUUUUGAUUCUUCACCUGCAUAAAUUUUACGGCAGAAUAUGGCAACACCUUCUUUUUAAACCUCUCUCUAAACAAAAUCUUCUUUAAAGAAGAACUACAGAUAUGUGUGAAUACUCUUCCCCCAAGGAAUAGAACUUAGUCCCUCCGCCCCCUUUGAGUGUGGGCUGGUCUUGGUGACUCAUUUCUACACAGUAGAGUAUGGAAAGGGAACAAUAGUAACUUUACAGUGGAGAAAUCUGCAAAAGCCACCUUAAACAAGUGAUCAAGGCUAACAUCACCAAUGAUAAAUCAUGUGGAUUCUUGUACAUCCUGAUGUGAUUUGAUUAGAAGGGCAUUUAACCUCUGUAGUAUUCUUUCUAAAAACUUAGAACCCCAAACUAACCAUGAGGUAGAAUACCAGACAAACUCAAAUUGACAUUCCUGACCAGUACUGCUCAAAACUGUGAAAAUCAUGAAAAACAAGGAAAUUCUGAAAAACUGUCACAGACCAGAGGAGACUAAGGAGACACGAUAAUUGAAUGUAGUGUGGUAUCCGGGAUUGCAUCCUGGAACAGAAAAAGAUCAUUAGUAGAAAAAUUGGUGAAAUGUGAAAGGUCUGAAAUUUUGUCAAUAGCAAUGUUGAUCUUGGUUUUGAAAAAUGUACCAUGGUAAUAUAAGAUGAUAACAUUCGGGUAAAUUGAAACUGGGUGAGGAGAAUGUAGGAACUCUCUCUACUAUCUUUGCAAAUUUUCUGUAAAUCGAAAAAUACUCCAAAAUUAAAAGUAUAUUUCAAAAAAAUAAAACUUUGUUUCUUGGCUUCAUACACUACAUACACUUCCUCUAGAUUAUCUGGUCAUUCUUUCUCACUUUCUUUCCCCACAAACAUCAACUCCUCUA